AUGGCGUCCGACCGCGACAUUCUCCCGACGGAUGUCAAGCCGAUUCACUACGCCAUUUCUCUGUUCGAUCUACAGUUUGGUGGUGAUUGGAAGUAUAGCGGGAAGGUGGACAUAGAUCUCGAGGUCAAGAACUCGACAAAGAGCAUUACACUCAAUACCCUGAAUGUCAAGGUGCACUCAGCAGAAGUGUUGUCAGAAGCUGGCAAGACUGCAUCUUCGGUGAAGGCCUCCAAGAUCUCAUACAACGAGAAAGCUCAUCAAUGUACGCUCGGCUUUGAUCAAGCGAUAUCGGGGUCACCCAAGGCAGUCUUGUCGAUCAAGUUCGAGGGCGUCAUCAACGAUCAGAUGGCUGGCAUGAGCCGUGCUGUCUACAAGCCGACCGCAGAGCCUUCGAAGAGCACUGUGAAGGUGGACGACAAGUACUACAUGUUCAGCACACAAUUCGAAGCCACGGAUGCUCGGCAAGCAUUUCCUUGCUUCGACGAGCCCAACUUGAAGGCCACCUUCGAUUUCGAGAUGGAGAUACCCGAAGGCCAGACUGCUCUCAGCAACAUGCCGGUCAAGGAGACCAAGAAGAGUAAGCGUGACGGCUUUCAGGUCGUGACUUUCGAAACAACGCCGAAGAUGAGCACGUAUCUGCUAGCAUGGGCCUUUGGCGACUUCGAGUACGUGGAAGACUUCACGAAACGAAAGUACAACGGCAAGAACCUUCCAGUCCGUGUAUACACCACAAAAGGUCUGAAGGAGCAAGGGAGGCUGGCUCUGGAGGCAGCUCAUCGGAUCAUCGACCUUUACUCGGAGAAGUUCCAGAUCGACUACCCGCUACCAAAGGCCGACCUGCUCGCUGUUCAUGAGUUUGCGAUGGGUGCCAUGGAGAACUGGGGUCUGGUAACAUAUCGAUCAACAGCUGUCCUGUUUGAUGAGUAUGCCAGUGAUCAGAAGUACAAGAAUCGUGUGGUCUACGUUGUAGCGCAUGAGCUUGCUCAUCAAUGGUUUGGCAAUUUAGUCACCAUGGAUUGGUGGAACGAAUUAUGGUUGAACGAGGGUUUUGCGACAUGGGUGGGAUGGUAUGCUGUGGAUCACUUACAUCCUGAAUGGAACGUCUGGGGCCAGUUCGUGGGCGAUGCAGUGCAAACAGCGUUCGGUCUUGAUGGUCUCAGGACUUCGCAUCCUAUCGAAGUGCCCGUUCGAGAUGCGCUCGAGGUCAAUCAGAUCUUUGACGCCAUUUCAUACUCGAAGGGAAGCUCGGUUAUCCGUAUGCUUGCGUCGCAUCUUGGUGUCGAGGUAUUCUUGCAAGGUGUCGCCGACUAUCUCAAGGCACAUCAAUACAGCAACGCCACGACGAACGAUCUUUGGGCUGCAGUCAGCAAGGCUUCCGGCCAGGAUAUCAAGUCUGUCAUGGACCCGUGGAUCAGGAAAAUCGGCUUCCCAGUCAUCACAGUAGCGGAAGAGCCAGGACAGAUCUCCGUCAGGCAAAGUCGCUUCUUGUCGGCUGGUGAAGUCAGGUCGGAGGAGGACGAGACUACAUGGUGGAUACCUCUCGGCCUCAAGACUGGUCCACAAGCUACUGAUGCCAAGCGCGAGCCAUUGCUGGAGAAGCAAGAUACUUAUCGGGACCUCGAUACAACCUUUUACAAGAUCAAUAGCGACCAGACGGCAUUUUAUCGCACCAACUACCCGCCACAGCGUUUGAUCGAGCUCAGCAAAAGUCUUGAUAAGCUGACAGUACAAGACAAGAUCGGUCUCGUUGGUGAUGCAGCAGCCAUGGCACUCGCAGGCGAAGGCACGACGGCCGCGGUCUUGUCGUUCAUGGAAGGUUUCGCUGCCGAGCGCAACUAUUUGGUCUGGUCUGAAGUCCUCUCUAGCCUAGGCAAGAUCAGGUCGACCUUCGGGGAGGAUGAGAAGGUGGCCGCUGGUCUGCGAGCGUACUCGCUGAAGCUCGUCACCGCAGCGACCGAAGAUGUUGGCUGGGAUAAGAAGCCAGACGAGGAUUGGUUGACUGGCCAGCUCCGGACUCUCCUGCUGCGAACGGCCGGCUCAUUAGGCCACGAGACUGUCGUCAAGAAAGCGCAUGAGCAGUUUGAGAGUUUCAAGGCUGGUGAUAAGAAAGCUAUUGAUCCAUCGCUGCGUAGCUCAGUCUUCCAGACUGUCAUCAGGACUGGUGGAGCUCAAGCCUACCACGAUGUGCAGGACGAGUAUCUCCACACCACUUCCGUCGAUGGCAAGGAGAUUGCUCUCACAGCCAUGGGCAAAGUGCAGACCAGGGAUCUAGCCAAAGAAUACCUGGACUGGGCUUUCGCAGGCAACGUAGCCACGCAAGAUAUCCACACCCCUGGCUCGUCGCUCGGAAACAACAGCAAAGUAAACAUCGCCGUAUGGGAGUAUGUGAAAGCGAACUGGGACAUGCUGUCGCAGAAGCUUGGUGUCGGUGUAGUCAAGGAGCGUUUCUUGCGCACGGGCUUGAAGCAUUACGCUAGCUUCGAAGUUGAAAAGGAUAUCCAGGACUUUUUCAAGGAUAAGGAUACGGGAGGGUUCGAUCGUGGUUUGGCUGUGGUCAGCGAUACUAUCAAGGGCCAAGCUAAGUACAAGGAGAGGGACUCUGCGAUCGUGAAGGAGUGGUUGAGUGCGCAUGGGUAUAUGAAGUGA